AUGGCUGAAGUUAAAAAAACACUUGGAAAUGGAGAAAUUUUCAAUGAUCGUGGCUUAAACCAAGAAUCUGAGCUUAAAAAAGCUGAAUAUGUAGUGGAAGAUGGUUCUCAUUCAGAACAGAAGGCUGAAGUUGUUGGUCUUUUGGAGUCUUUAGAAACAUUUAAUUUUGCUUUCACUUUGCAUUUAUUGAAGAACAUUUUGGGUGUUACAAAUGAGAUUUCUCAGAUUUUUUGCCAUGAUAUUAUAAUUCCAGACAUGAAUGAAGUUCGAGUUCUCAAGGGUAGAUCAAGACGUAAAGCUCUAGUUGUUACCAAUUUACACUAUUACAAGGUAGUUGAGAUUAUGACAUUAGGUAAUCAGCUUGAUAAUUAUUUUAUGGAUAUGAACUCUACUAAAGAGUUUGCAAAUUUGAAAGGAAUAGGAAGUCUUGCGAGAAAAUUAGUUGAAACAAGAAGAGAUAUUGUAUAUCCAUUGGUGUAUAAGCUUAUUAAACUUGCACUUGUGUUACCAGUGACUACAACAAUUGUGGAAAGGGCAUUUUCUGCUAUGAAGAUUGUGAAAAAUCGACUUCGAAAUUGA